GAUAACAGUUUAAGAAAAGAACUAUGAUAACGAUGUAAUUGCACAUAUUUGCGCCCCUAGUUCUUAUCCGUUUGAGGGGCAUAGUCGUGUAUCUUUGGCCUAUUUUACGUCGGGUUGUGCUAUUUUGUCAUAUUUCACGUACCAGGCGUCAAAGGGAAGGCUAAGCACGAGUUUCGGGGCAUUCGGAAGUCAUUUCGUCGAGCUAGAGCCAAAACACGGGCACACCUAAAACAGAACACGGCCGUGUUCUGUGGCCGUGCUUUUGCUGCCGAGAGCUAAUUCGAGUUUGGCAAACAUGAGCUGAUUACACGGGCAGGGCUGAGAAUUCGCACGGCCGUGUCGACCAAAGCACGGUCGUGUCCACCCGAAAGCACGGCCGUGUUUGCACCAACACAAUGGUCGUGUAAUUAACACUAGCCAAAGCACGGGCGGGCUGAGGCAUUACACGGUCGUGCCCUCGACCGUGCUUUGGCCACUGAUGCCCUUUUAAGCAGAUUUCAGCCAAAACAGAAGGGGAUUCGAGUUUUAGAGAGAUAGAACGAUUCCUAGAGAGAGAAAGCGACGAACAAGAGUCUCCAAGUGCCCUAGCUUGAUCUUCAUCACCAUUGGAGCUUGGCUUGAGCUUGGAGAAGUGCCGAUCAACGUCUAGGAGCAGGAAUCCAUCCUUCACAGUAUGAAUUCCGUGUCUGAUUCUGCUUUUGCUUCUUUCUCCAUGGAGUAGUUCUCCCAUUCAUCUGGGUAUGGAGAACCCUAGAUUUGUAUGUUAGGCUUUGAUUGUAUGAACCCAAGUACUGAUUCUAUGAUUUGAUUAUAUUCGAUUGAGGUUUGAAUGAUUGAAUGGCAUGAAUCCUGAUCAAAUUCCUGUUGUUUCUGCUUUAACCUAGAAUGAGAAUAUCUGCCUAGGUUGAUAGAGCAUCCUUGAUUGAAGGUAGGGAGUUGGUGAAUUUAGUCGAGGAACCAACUCACUAUUCUGUACCGAAUUCACUCCGGUAGUGGAGGUUUUGUUUGUUAAGGCCUCAAUCUGUUUACUCCGGUGGAGGUUAGUCGCCCGCUGGAGAUUCAGAUUGAGAGGGUCUGAAGACCUUUAGUCGAGACUUCGGGCUGUUUAAGAACCUUCCGCAGUAUAACUAUCAUAGAAACUGAACUUGGUAAUUGCAAUCCGACUUAACUGCAGUCUAGGAGGAACCAUAUCCGGGUGACCUCUCUUAACCUGAAUACAACAAUUUACUUGCUUUGUUAGUUUGUUAGUUUAGACUUGCAUUAAAGUUUCAUUGCUAGAUAACAAGAAUUCACUGAGUAGUCAUCAAAUCUAGGACCCGGGUUGACAUUUAAACCCAAACCCGCUAUACUACGCUUUAGGAAGUGGUUUCACUUGGCCAAUUCCUGGAGUGACAGUAGAAGUGAGUCAAGUUUUUGGCGCCGUUGCCGGGGACAGCUAGGUUGUUGAAGAAAAGUGAUUUCUGUUAAUUUAGCUUUUCUUUUCGCUUUGUUUGCUUUGUCCCAGUUGUGCCUUCACGGGUUUGCUUGCUUGAGUGUGUGCAGGUAGUGCAUGACCCGUAGCCAGUCAGGAGGUUUACUGCCGUUGAAUCCAGAGAUUGACCGCACCUGUCGCCAGCUCAGGAGACAACAGCGAGCUAGACUGGCUACGGAGGAGCGCAUAGACGGCCACCUGAGUAGCGAUUCUGAAGAAGAGUACGGGAUGGACGGAGACUACAGUCAACACCAGGGGAAUCCGCAGCAGGUUCCCCCGGCGAAUCACGUCCUCGGGAACAACCCCAUACCCCAGGAUCAUGGGGUUCAUCAUCAUCACCCACCGCCGGGUCCCACCUUGGAGUACUACUACACUCCACGGAUUGCUGACAUCCGCCCGGUCAUCCUCUACCCGCCUAUUCCAGCAAACAACUUCGAGAUCAAGCCAUGCUGGAUUCAGCUCAUUACAUCCUCUAUCCAGUUCCAUGGCUUGAAGGAUGAGGAGGCCAGGGUGCAUCUUUCCCGUUUUCUGCAGCUGACGAACGGGUUCAAGCUGAAUGGUGUCCCUGAUGAUGCAAUCCGCCUUCAUCUCUUCCCCCAUUCUCUGGCGGGGAAUGCUAAGAGGUGGUUGGAGACCCAGCCCCCAUUGUCCAUCACCUCUUGGGAUGAUCUGGCUGACAAAUUUGUGCACAGGUACUAUCCGGCAUCGAAGACUACAGAGAUCCAGCGGGAGAUCACUCACUUCCGCCAAGAGCCAGAUGAGUCACUUCGUGAUGCAUGGGAGAGGUACAUGGGAUAUUUUUGGCAGUGUCCCCAUCAUGGCUUUAGUGAUGCAUUCACAGUGGGAAACUUCUACAGUGCUCUCUCUCCAGACAGCCAGAGGGUGAUUGAGUCUCUAUGCCCAGGAGGGGAUAUUCUUACUAAGACUCCACCCGAGCUGAACCAGAUGAUCAGUACUUUGGCUGCCAGAGAUCAUUCUUGGGGACAGGGUAGCCGAGGCAGACAGUCCCGGGACCGUGGUGUGCACGCCAUGGAGACCAGAUCCGGGCUCGAGCAGCAGGUAGCUGAGCUAGUGCAGACAUUGAAGCAGCCCAACAGUCUUAUUCCGGGCAGAGGUUUGGCUACACCUCCAGUAGCUCAAUGUCAGUGGUGCGAGAGCUCUAAUCACCUAGUGGAGGACUGCCAGGCUAUGAGGGAGUCUACCACUCCCCAAGAGCAGUUGGACUUCAUCGCCAAUGCUCGGCGCCUCGACCCGUACAACAACACAUAUAAUGAGGGGUGGCGCCAGCAUCCCAACUUCUCCUAGAGCAGCAACACCACUAAACCACCUGGUUUCCC